AUGGAAUCGUACCUGUGCCUCGUGCUGCUCGUGUGCGCGGCGGGAAGUGCGAGAGUGGACGACGAGGACUUCGCGGAGGUGGCGAACGAGGAGCACGAGAAGUCGAAAUACACGCGGGAGAUGAACGAACCCUACAGCGAAGACGACAUCUGGGAGUCGCUCAAGGACAACCAGAUGCUGCUCGGCCUGGCCACGCACUACGGGAAGCUCUUCGACACCUUCAAGCGCGGCGAUUACGGGACCGCGCUGCAGCAGCUGCUAGCCCUGUCCCACCCCAAGGGCGGGGCGGCGUCGACGGGGCUGCCGAACAUGGCGGAUCUGGUGGGGCUCGUCGCGUCCAACCCGGAGAGCAUUGGGACCGCGAUCAACGGGCUCCUCCAGUCCGAGUACAUGAAGAACGGGCUGGAGCUGUUCAAGGGGUUCGACGAGAAGCGGAUGGGGAGCGUGAGGCAGGCGCUGGGGCAGAUAUUCGGAGUCGACGGGAAGAACGCCCCGAUGGAGGAGCUGGUGGGGCAGAUGAGCCAGACCAUCAUGAACAGCCUGGUGGAGUCCUUCUUCAAGGGGGACGAGUCGAGGACGAAGAAAGAGGCCGAAGAGGAGAUGGAGUUGGUCCGGGAGUCGCUCGAGGCGCCGGAAGUGCGCGGUCGCAAAGAGGAGCAGGAGGAGCAAGAGAAGCGGAAGGAGCGGGUGAAGGUGAAGCAGACGCCGCAGGGGUUCGGGAUGCAGGAUAUGCUGGCGCAAGUGCUCAAGGACUCGGUGGUCGAGUCGUUCAAGUCCUCCGGGGUCGUGGAGGGUGUGCUCGGGUCUCUCCUGGGGGGCGGGAAGGGGAAGGGGGGAUUCGGAGUGGGGCAGCUGAUGUCGUCGCUCCUCGCGGGACCCAAGGAUCCCAUGCAGGCGAAGGCGUUCGAGAUCGUGGGGAAGAUCGCGAGCGGGUACAAGAAGACGGGGGGCAAGAGUUUCGCGGAGGCCUUCCAGUCGCUCAACGCCAAGGCGUUCGAGGUUCAGCCCGACGCGGAGAGGGUGGUGAAGAAGUACCGAUUGGAGAAGAACUACGCGCCGAUGCUGACGAGUCUGAUGGCGUUGUUGAGCCUGAACCACCCGAAGGAGGAGGCGACGGCGGACGUCGAGUUCAUCGCGGAUUUCAUCCGGAAGGAGUCGGAGAGCGGGACGCCGAACCCGAUCCUGUCGGUCGUGAAGCCCCUGCUGGAGUCGAUGGACCCGGGGUUCCUGAACGAGGGCGGGGCGGGGCUGGAGGGGGUGCUGCAGUACCUCAAGGGGUCGGACCUGGACUUCGACACGGUGAACGAGCACAUGACGCCGUGGGUGACGUCGUUCCUCAAGGAGAGGCUGAAGGGGAGCGGGGAGGCGGAGGCGUUGGUGGAUGCCUUCGACGCGAUCAGGACCCUUUCCAAGGGGGUGGAUCUGGACUCCAUCGUGUCGGGCUUCGUGGGGGCGGGGGAGGGCAAGAAGAAGAAGAAGGAGAAGGCGGGGGGGUUGGAGGGGCUCGUUCAGGGAUUGCUGGGUGGGGGUGGUGGGGGGGACUUGUUUCAGACGCUGCAGAGCACGUUGGGGAGUCUCAACCAGAACGGGUUCAUGGAGGGGAUGAUCGAGUCCUUCCUAUCGGGUCCAGAAAAGAAGAAGCAGAAGAAGAAGGAAGACGAGGAGUUGGAGAAGAUCAUGGCCCAGCACCGCAGCGAGAAACAGUCCCAAACGAAGAAGUCCCAACAGGGGACUCGAUCGAAGCCCCAACAGGAGACCCAAUCGAAGCCCGAACCGAAUAAGAAGGCAGCGAACGUCACGGCCCAGUGGUCGGACGAGACACUCCGCGAACAAUUCCGCAUCUUCAUGACGGACUUCCUCACCAAGUUCUUCUGGAAGCUGACGAAGGAGGAACCCUCGGACGAGGCGAUCGAGAGCCUCCUGGACGCCCGGAUCUUCCAGAUCUUCGACCGGAGCCAGGUCCCGUCCCUCCUGCUGGACAUGGCCCUGAGGCCCGAGGAGUACCAGGACCUGGAUAAGGUGAAGGGCUUCGCCGAGCGCAUCUUCCGCUCAGAGGAGAUCCUGGAGCUCCUGAGGGCCGUGGAGGGCCUGGUGCAGAACGCGGUGGGGAACGAGACCCCCGAGGACCUGGUCACCUCCGUGAUCGAGUCACUGGUCGCGAGCGACGUCUUCCAGACGAUGGCCCGGGACUGGGCCCCCGCCCUGGGCGUACGGGCAACCCCGGACGAGAUGAAGGCCGUCCUCAGGGACACCCUCUCGGCUCCGCUCGUCCAGCUGAUCAUGGUCUACGUCCGUUCCGUGGAGUCUCCCGACUGCGCGCCCCAGCUGCUCUGCAAUUACACCCGACACGUGCAUCGCCUCAUGGACGUCGACACGUCCCUCUACUGGUUUGCCCACGUGUUCAGGGCAGGCGGCGUCGCAGUGGGAGGCAUCCUCUCGACCCACGUGGAGGGCAUCCCCGAGUUCCACCAUCUCUACUACGCUUUAGUAGCCGGAAUGGCGAAACAAGACUGUCAACAACUUUUCCCCGGCCAGUGCGGGUCCCCCGCACCGGCCUCUUCUCCCCCCGUGCAAGACAACACUAUACCAGGCACAUAGGGCCUGUGUCACGCUUUCCUUCACAGUCCACCUCCCCUUCACCCCAGCAACAUUUUGAAAGUGGUUAUUUUUUUUCACAUUCGCUUCCACCUCAAUCUCAUCCAAUGUGAUAGUUGAAGCGCUCCGAGGGACGUGGUUGUGGGCGUAUGUCAUGGUUUCAUCCCGUUUCGUGUUUUUUGUUUUGUUUUGUUUGUUUUUUUUUUUCCAAGGGCG